UCUCGUAGCUGCAGCAUCCAACAUCGCUUAAGAAAUCGGGACGUUUUUUGUUUAAUCAGCAUUAUGUAAAAAAGCAAUUAUACUAUACAAAAGUAAAAUCUUUGAGAAAAGAUUUACAGCAUUCUACUAAGAUCCCCCUCACACUACGCUGAAAGUGGACACAAUGACGAAACUUUCGGUUGUAAUCAUUUGGUUGUGCAUUUCCGGAACUCUUUGCAUGCCACCGCUGAGUUUUGAAGCCAAUCCCGAUACAAAGCGCCUUUACGAUGAUCUAUUGAGCAAUUACAAUCGACUGAUUAGACCCGUGGUCAAUAACACAGAAACCCUGACCGUUUGGCUAGGUUUGAAACUUUCCCAACUGAUUGAAGUCAAUCUUAGAAAUCAAGUGAUGACCACCAAUCUGUGGGUUAAACAGCGAUGGUUUGAUUAUAAGUUACGUUGGGAUCCCGAAGAAUAUGGAGGCGUUGAACAACUAUAUGUGCCAUCCGAACACAUCUGGGUGCCGGACAUUGUGCUCUACAAUAAUUGGGAUGGUAAUUAUGAGGUAACCCUUAUGACUAAAGCUACUCUCAAAUAUACUGGGGAAGUUUUUUGGGAGCCACCAGCCAUUUACAAGUCAUCGUGUGAGAUGAAUGUUGAGUAUUUCCCAUACGAUGAGCAGAUCUGCUUUAUGAAAUUCGGCUCGUGGACAUACAACGGUGCUCAAGUGGAUUUGAAACAUUUGGACCAGGUUCCUGGCAGUAAUCUUGUGCAAAUUGGAAUUGAUUUAAGUGAAUUUUACUUAUCCGUCGAAUGGGAUAUUCUAGAAGUCCCAGCUACUAAGAACGAGGAGUACUAUCCUGAUACACUGGAACCUUUCUCAGACAUCACAUUCAAGUUGACAAUGCGACGAAAGACUUUAUUUUACACGGUCAAUUUGAUAAUACCGUGUGUGGCUCUAACGUUCCUCACGGUGCUUGUGUUCUAUUUACCAAGUGAUUCGGGAGAGAAGGUUACGUUAUGUAUUUCUAUUCUUGUGUCUUUGACUGUGUUCUUCUUGCUGUUGGCCGAAAUUAUACCGCCAACCUCGUUGGCUGUUCCGCUGCUCGGCAAAUACCUCCUAUUUACAAUGAUCUUGGUAUCGUUGUCUGUUUGGACAACGGUUUGUGUUUUGAAUAUCCACUUUCGUUCACCAUCCACCCACAACAUGUCACCGUGGGUGCGCACCGUCUUCAUAACGUUCAUGCCCAAAAUUAUGUUCAUGCAACGAUCACCGAUUGACAUGCCGGAUUUUGUCAAUCUACCGGAGUACAACGGCUACACCAAUGAGAUUGAUGUGAGGGAUAGCAUCAGCGAUUAUCCAUGUGAUUUUAAGGAUGGGCAGGAUACUGUCUACGAUAAUGGAGUUCAAGCGGCAUCCAUAGAAGAUUCGGACAAUGUUAUUCCACGUCGUUUGACGCCAGAAGUUUUGCAAGCCUUACGUGCAGUCCGAUUUAUUGCUCAGCAUAUUAAGGAUGCUGACAAGGAUAACGAGAUCAUUGAGGAUUGGAAAUUCGUUUCCAUGGUCUUGGAUCGGUUCUUUUUGUGGACAUUCACUUUGUCAUGCAUCUUUGGGACGUUUGCUAUUAUCUGCCAAUCGCCAUCGCUGUAUGACACGCGCCUUCCCAUCGACCGCAAGUUGAGUGAGAUACCAUUGAGGAAGAACAAUUUCAUGUUGCCGCCGGAUAUUGUGCGUCAGAUUGUUAAUUAAAUUUCGCAGCUCCAAACCAACAGCCACACUCUUUGUCUAAGCGUUGGCAUCCUCCGCCUUCGUUAGUCUGUCUAUUUUAUUGCGUUCCUAUUUCCCACACCAGCAUCCUUUGCUUGGCUAAAAUGACACCGCUGAUGUUCCUGUCGAUAGCGAUGAUGUGCAAUGAGGGAGUGCUUCGGGAAUAAUUGAAAAAUCCACGGCUUUUUGGAUGGCAGUUUAAGACUGAAGGCUUCUUCCUUUUCGCUUAUGAUUGAUGUACAAACCCCUACCCCUCCAGCCCUCAGUUGAAUGGAGCAUAAAAGCCACAAAUCAUCCACCAGGACUAGGCAGGCCAAUAUCAAUGGAAAUUAACCAGACCAAGUAUCCAUCGUCGGAAACCAUUUUAAAGUCCUGGGCAAUAGGGACGGGAAUUUUAACAGCAACGGCAAUAGCAACAACAACAACAACAACAACAAUAUAUGAUAUCCUAAAAUAAACAACGACGAUAUGACAGUCUGACAAAUGAGAGGAUUGUUGUUUCUCAUUUUUAAAAUAAAAUGGAAUUUUAGCACCCACAGUUCACGGCUUACUACAUUCAUGGCAGACCAUCAUAACAUCAUCUUUCACUAGUCUAACAUUUUUUAUUACUUACCGCCUAAGAAACACCAGGAUGUUACAGUGUGUAUUGGGUUGUACCGCGGUGAGGAGGAAACUCGAAAUAAUUGUUAAUUUGUUUGAAUUUGCUUAGGCGGCAAUGUCUUCCUUCACAUUUAGCUCCCAAAACCAAAGUGGCCUAAAAUUCUCCAUCCCUCUCCCUCCUCCUCUGUGAAUGCUGAACACAUUUCGGUACAACCUAAUAAAUUAUGAGCAGACGCCAUACUUUGGCAUGUGUGUGUGUGUAUUUUUGCUGAUUGUUUCUGAGCCUAAGGCAUCGGCAUUAGCGAAUGAAAAAUUCUGCCACUGUUCAUCCUUCUCAUAAUAGCAUUGAAUAGAAAAGUUUAUAAAAAUAAAGAAAAUUUGAAAUUGAAAGGAAAAAUAAUCGCAGCGGGAGCACCAUCCGCAGUUUAAUCAAAA